AGACAAAAUCGUCACUUUUCACGCUUAUCACCUCCAUUCUUCCCCAAUCCACCGAUUGUAAUAAAGGGUUGUUUCAAAACUGGCGGUCACUAUUCUUCCCCCUGAGCUUUAAUGGUUGGUAAGUGUUUAAUCGGUAGUAUUGCAGUAGUAAUAUUUAAUGGAGUGCGGGAAAUCGAACGCCGUGCCUCUCGGCAUACGCGAAGCCAACGCUAUAUCAAUUGAGCUACAACUUCUCUGCAACUCUAUUUGCUUCCCUAAUUUUCAUUAGGGCUAUGGUGAAUCCAUCUAUGUCUGAGAGAAAGCAAGCAAACGAUGAGGUGUGUAACAGAAAACCAAAGUGCACGGUAAUUGGCUCAAAACAAAUGCUAAAAAGGGUUUCCGAGACACGACCGUACGUGGCGAACGGCUCGCGUUCCCAGCAAACAUUUUUUUUGUUUUUGGUUUUACCGCAUUGAUGUCUUCAUUCAUUUCUCACAAUGACACUGAUCCCUCGCAUGCAUAAAUCAAUGGCAUUUACUCCUUUCUCUGCAUCCCUACAGCCAUGAGAGAUCAGACAAUGAAACUCACAUGCCUUCUUUUAUUAUUUCACUUACCCCACCAUUAAAGUUCCAAACAUUUUUACAUUAUAUAUUUUUUAUAUUAUCAAGCGCACUGCAUGUUCAAAGCCUCAAAGGCAUGGCAUGGGCCGCCCUUAGGCACUAGAGACAUAGUUACUAGCCACCUUACUUCAUUGCCUUAUCUCCACGGAUUUUCCGGUCGACUUUGUUUGAAGUUGCUCAAUUCUGGGGGUGACGAAAGCUGGAUUCCAUUUUUUCUUUUUUGUCUUUAAAUAUAUUUUGGUAGCUGGAAAAUAGUUUCAUGCGCUCAGUUGCUGCAUAAAAGGCGUUUUUUCCAGGGUGUAAUUGUAGUUGGGAAAAAUCAACUCUUUGUUCGGAGGGGAACUCAUCAAUUCAUCUGCCAAUAACACUGGCAUUAUGAAGGUUCCUGGGAUUUGGGUUUUCUUCUUUGUGAUCGGGACAGCUUUGUUCGUCUUUGCGUUCAGCAGCUCCUCCAUUCCCGGUAUGGAGUUUUUGCAGCAUGUUGAUGGUUCGAGUAUGAGUGAAACAAGUAGAAAGCUGAAGGGGAGUGGAUACAGUCCAAGCAAUGAAAAGAAGAGCAAUGUGGAUGUGGAUGAUUACGAUCCUAUUGAUCCAGUUCCAAGCUCCAAAGCAUCCAUAAAACCUGGUCCUAUUGAGCAUGGUAGUCCUCUUAUUCCGUACAUCCCAAAACCCUCACCUCCAGAUCAUCCCAAAAUUGGUGGUUCCACUUAGCCAUCCAAAAAAAUCUUCUGAAGAACAUGCCAAUGUAAUAUCUGUAUCGUACCUCAUGUUUUAACCAGCUUUGUUCUCUGAAUCCUGCCUAUUCAAUAACUUCAAGUUGCCUAUAUGUAUGCAGCUUAUGUUUGUGUAUGAAUCUGUUUGGCAUUGGCCUUGUAUCCUGAAUAUCACUUCUUUUAAGUUAAUUUGAUUGCCAUUUUUAUUGGUUUUCCUUCA